UUCAAUGAAUAGACAUGGCGACCAUUGAACCGACUAUCAAACAAGCAGACCUUGAGAAUCUGAGCGAUCACAAUCUCCAAUUGAAUAAAUGGUUGCUAAAACCAAUUGGAGCCUGGCCAAGAUCAUCCACUAGUACAAACAUGGAGACAAUCAGUUCAUUAAUCAUGAUCUCAGUUUGUUACUUCUGCAUAGUGAUCACCGUAGUUCCUAGUAUAAUGUACAUGAUUCUAGAUGACGAUGUGAUUGACAGGAAGCUGAAGGUGGUUGGUCCACUGAGCCACUGGUUCAUUGGAGGAUUGAAUUAUACGACGUUGCUGAUGCGUAGCAAAGAGAUACAAUUUUGUAUGAAUCAGAUGAAAAGAGACUGGCGAGCAGUGACGAAAUUGAAGGAUCUACAAAUGAUGAUAAAGGACGCGCAAUUCGGUCGUUACGUGGUAGUCUUUUGCGCAGCCUUCAUGCAAGUCGGCGUUUUGUGCUUUUGUGUAGUUAAAGCGUUCACCGAAGAGAUUAUUCAUGUUGGAAACGAAACUAGGAUUUCGCAUAUGCUUCCAUGUCCGGCUUACAAGAAGCUGAUACUAGCCUACACCAGUCCCGUAAACGAGAUCUUCUUUGUCGUUCAAUUUUUCUCCGGUUUCGUUGCAAAUUCAACUGCUGCUGGUGCUUUCAGUUUUGCUGCAGUAUUUGCGGUUCACGCAUAUGGUCAAUUGAAUUUGCUGAUGAUGUGGAUCCAGGAACUUGUAAAUCGAUCGGAGAAGUACAAUAAGAGAGUCGAUUUGAAUGAAAUUGGUGUUAUUGUGGAAAAUCAUCUGAAAAUUUUGAAUUUUAUAUCGCAUAUUGAAAAUAUAAUGAAUAUGAUAUGUUUUAUGGAAUUAUUCAAAUGUACAGUGUGUAUAUGCAUGCUUGAAUACCACAUCCUCAUGGAUUGGGCUGUUCGUGAUUUUCAAGCUGUGAUGAGUUAUAUCGUUAUACUUUGUUCCAUGUCGUUUAACAUCUUUAUAGUGUGCUAUAUCGGUGAGAAACUAUCAGAUCAGUGUAACAAAGUUGGUGAAGCAGUCUAUAUGACAAAUUGGUAUUAUUUACACAAUAAAGACAUCCUCAACCUAAUAAUGAUCAUUUCAAGAGCCAAUGUGGUAACCAAAAUUACUGCUGGAAAGAUACUUCACAUGUCAUUUAACACAUUCGCUGGUAUGAUGAAAACUGCUUUUGCGUAUUUAAAUGUAUUACGACAAACGUUAUAA